AUCACGUUUCACACCUUGAACAUUAACAAAAAGUUAUUCUUAUUAAACUAUUAGCACUAAACACAUGUACUAAAAUGCCUUCAAACGAUCUCUUGAUCACUGAUCGAAAUAAAAUUCGGAAAGCUUGGGAAAAAACGGAGAAUGAUGUUUACAAAGAUAUUCAAAUUAUUAAAGAAUGGCUACAAACACAAAAACAUCUGCCAGAGAUUCCAACGGACAACAUGAUUGAAUUUUUUCUCGUAAACUGCAAAUUUAGUAUCGAGAAAACAAAGCAAACCCUGGAUAUGUAUUAUACAGUGCCUAAUCUUGUACCUGAUUUGUAUAAGAAUAUAAAUCCUUGUACCUCAGACGUGGAUAUAGCAUAUAAAACAGCUAAUUUUGUGUGCAUACCUGUCCUUACUCCGUCCUUACAUAGGCUGACUGUAUGCCAGUAUAAAGAUUCCGAAGAUGGAAGUGUAAGCAAAUUAUCAGCUCAUUGCCUAAGAAAUAUCUACGAGAUACGAAUUCAUGAGGACCUAUCAAUGGGUGAAAUAUAUCUUGUCGAUUGUGAACGUGUUAAAUUCAGUGUAAUAGCUAAAAUAACUCCUCUGUUGUUGAAGCAAAUAGCCUUUGUCUUAGAGAGGGUACAUAGUUAUAGGACACACUCAAUACAUUUUAUUAAUUCUCCGUCUUAUAUGCAUCACACAAUAACUCUAUUUAAAACGUUCUUAAAGAAAAAGUUAGCAGAUAGGGUAUAUAGUCAUAAAUCACUUGAUGAAUUGCUCGAACAUCUUCCAUUGGACGUAUUGCCAAGUGAUUUCGGAGGCAAACAAAAAUCUUGCGAAGAACUAGCAGAAUUAUGGAAGAAGAAAAUGUUUGAGUAUAAAGACAGAUUUGAUAAAUUGGAGACACUGCAAGUUAAUGAAGAACUUCGUCCUGAAAAAUUGGAAAAUGAUGAACUUCUAGGAUAUUAUGGUAACUUUAAGAAAAUAGACACGGAUUGAACAGUUGAUGAACUAUUUUCAGCAGUGAAUGAGGAUAAUUAUAAGGAUUGAUGUAUUAUAAUAUUAAAACAGUUUAGAUCGUA